AUGAAGCAUAUAAAGAAAAGGAAUAAUAUAAGCAUCUUGUUUUUUAUUAUACUUUUUAUUUUUUUUUUAAGAGAUAUAAAUGCUAAUAUAACUAUAUCAAAUCACACUUAUGAUAAUGGGAAAAGUAAUGUAGAUAUAGAAUUAUUUGAAACUGAUUAUUUAGGUAUAUUUAAAUUAUCAGGUGACAGCGUAGCUAACGCAGAUUUUGAAAUUAGUAAUUCCUAUUUAGUUUUUGAAGAUAAAACAAUAAAUAAUUGUCAUACAAAUUAUUAUCAAAAUAAUAGAAAAGCAAUUGUAAAGGAAAAAGAUCAUGAUACAUUUUUAUUUGUCGAGAAGAAAAACGUAAAACUACAUAUUAAAGAUAAUAAGAAUCUAUGUUCAAAUAUUUAUUCUCUUAAUUCUUCAUUACUUCCCAUUCAAGUUAUCGAACAAAAUAAAGAAUAUAUAAAAAUAGGGAAUAUCAAUAAUUGUAGUAGUGACAAUGUUGAUAAAUUUAUUUUUUACUUUAACCUUUUAGAGAAUUUUUAUGUUUCAGAAAAUGAGAAUUGUGAUAAAAUGGUAAAAUCAUUUUUCGUAAAAAAUAUAGGAGCUAACAAAUGCACAGGAUACAUUGGUUAUAUAUCAGAUCUUCAUGAGCUAAAUAAUGAUACAUACUAUAUAUGUUUCAAAAGAAAUAAUAUAUCAUUAGUUAUUCAUAAAAUUAACGUUAAUAAAACAAUUUUUUUAAAUACAUUUUACUGUAAUUUUGAAAGCCUAAGUUGCUCAAUUUACGUUAGUGAAACUUCAAUAAAUAAACCUCAAAAUAUUGAAAAUGACACUUUAGUUCUUAAACCAGAGUGCGAUGAUACAAGUAAUCCAAUUAUCAAAAAUAACCACACAUUAAAUCAAGGAUAUUAUACUUUUAAUUAUAAUAAUCCUAAAUCAUAUUAUUACUUUGAACUAUGUUUAAUGGAUAACUUGAAAUAUAAAAAAAUAGGUCAUAUAUUUUUUCUUUAUGCACAAGAGCCUAUAACAUGUUUCGUCGGGUUUGAGUGUGUUAUUAAAGUAUAUACAUUAAAUACCAAAAUGAAUUACAUUCUACAUAACAUUAGUGAGACAACUUUUUCUUGGUCAGAUAAAAUUUGUGAUUAUAGAAAUUUUACAAACCAAGGGAAAACAACAAGUGCAAUACUUGAUGAUUAUUUAUAUUUUACUAGUGGUGAUAUUCUAACAAAUGAAAAUAAUUUUUGUUCAACAAAUCAAGGAAUAUAUGCUCCUUUAUUUACUAUAAUUUUAAUUAAGAAACCAGAAUUUAAUAUAUACUAUAGUGUCAUUAAUGACAUAGUUAUUAAUUAUUCAACACAUUUAUUAAAAUAUAAUAAUUACUUAGGCCCUUACUUAAAAUACGAAUGCUCCCACAAUAAUAUAGUAAAAUAUGAAUAUGGUGACCAUCUUGGUAAUGAAGAUAACAAAUUUCUAAACAAAAAUGAAAAAUUUAAUAUAACUCUUAAAUAUAAUACAGUAACUAUGAGAUUAUGUUUGAAGUUGAUUAAUUAUUAUGACAUUGGUUCUGUAAAAAUUGAGCAGUUAUUAAACUUUAAGAAAAUUUCAUUAAAUCCCUUAAAAUUUAGUGGUAUUGUAUCACUAUAUCAUGAAGAUAAAAACACAAAAAUUUUAAAAUUUGCAAUCAAAGAAAAUGAAGACUGUCAUUCAGAUAAAGGUUUUUUUGUUGAAGCAAAUGAUGAUUUAAAAAAAUAUAUAUUUUACGGAAAUAAAAUUAAAGAUACAGAAGUAACAUAUGUAGUAUCAAAUAACGUAAAGUUAGAUAAAUUUAUGUAUUAUUUAUGUAUGUGUUCUAAGGAAAAGAAAUGCAAUGAAAAUAAUAACUUGAAGGAUUACUACUCCUACACCAACAUUUCUAUAAAUAAUGAUUCAGUACCAUUAGAGAAAAAAAAAUAUGUAUGCAAAUUGCUUUCUAACUGUUCUUUUACUAUAACAUUCCAUUCUCCUUAUAAUUCUGAUAAAUGGAUAUCUAAAAUAGGAAAAUCUUGUAAUUCUAAUGAAUUAAUAGGCGUAGGAGUAAUUUCAAAAAAUAAUGUAGUCAUGAGUAAUUAUCCAUCAAAUUUAAGAGCUGUAGAUUUCAAUUUAUACUAUUUUGUGAAUCAAAUGAAUAUGAAUUUGUUAAAUAGAGAUAUCAUUAUAUGCGGAAAUUAUAAAGAUCAGAAAUUUAAUGUUUCUAUAGAAAGUGAUUUUUUUUUGGUAUAUCAGAACACUCCUUAUGAAGAAUUUGAAAUCAUUAACAUAGAACACUUCAAUUUAUGUCAUAAUAAAAAAACUCUUUUUAUAUAUUCAUAUCUAAAUGGCAAAAAAAAUCUAUUUAAAAAAAUUGAUAUUGAUGAAAAAACAAAUUUUAAUAAAAUAAAAUUAAAAUUUGAUUAUAAGCAUAUGAAAAAUAAUGAAAUAUAUUAUAUAAAAGAAUGUCAUUAUUGUCAAGAUACUUUAACUUAUAAUCAUAAUGGAGGUCAUUAUAUUUUUCAAAAUUCUGUUAGAAACAUAGAGAAGUACUGGGGGGUAAAAAAAUUAAAGAAUAGCAAUUUCAAUUUUAUAAAUAAAACUAUAAAUAUAUAUAACUGCUCAAACGGGUUACCUGAUAAUCAUGCAUUAACUAGUGUAUUAAUUUUUGAUGGUCCAUUUGAACAGAUUGAAUUCUAUUGUUACAUGGGUAUUGAUUGCUCUCAUAAAGCAGAAUUCUCCAUAUCAGUCGAUCAUUAUUCUUUUUUUAUAGAAAUUACAGAAAAAGAAAGAAUUGCGAUAUUUUAUAAGGAAGCACCUAAAAUUAAACACACAGUAUCUAAACUGAAUGAUUCUAAAAGAAUUUCUGAACUUAUUCUAAAAAUUUCUAGAAACAGUUAUGAAGCUUUGAAACCAGGACCUUAUAAAAUAAUUUACUCUAGAAAAAUUAAUGGUUUAAUUGUUGAAACGUAUAUUGGAAUUUUUCACUUCAUCGGAGCACCAUUACAGAAAAAUCAUAUUAUUGAUGAAAACCAAAAAGAAAUUAUACUUCAUGGAUAUUUUAAAAAUAUUGAAAAUCAAAAAUUAAAAAUAGUAGGUUAUUCAACAUGCGAUUUUGGUCAACUUUUAAAUCAAUCUGUGGGCCAAAAUAAACAUGAUGCUAUAUUAAAUGAAGUUUUAAAUAACGUUAUUGAUUGUAAAUAUCUGGAUGAUUACAAAUUAGUAUGCAACUAUAAUAUGAUUGUGAAUAAUAAAUUUGAACUAUGCUGGUGUUAUGAAGUAAGUAAUGAUCUAUGUAAAGCUUUAAAAAAUAUUAACUCACAAAUAACGGAAGUUUCUUCUUUAUCAACUUCUAUGAAUGCAGUAUUGCAAAUAACUAAAUCAUCACACACUAAAUUUAUAAACUAUGAGAUUAAUAAUUACAUUUUUAUAAUAGAUGAUAAUUGUAAAAAUAUCAAAAAUAUUAAACUUAGAUCCAAAAUGAAUAACCAAAAAGAUAUUUUAGCUUUUUACAAAGAAUUAAAAUACCCCAAAAAAUAUGAACUAUGUGUAUGUACUCUAGAACAAAAUGUAACAUGUGAAAAUGAAAAGGAUUAUAAAAGUGUUACUGUUGUAAUGAAUAAAUCAACUUCUUACAAAGUCAGAUCAGCUAAUUUAAAUAGAUUUAAUAUGGGACAUAAUCAAGUAAAAGAUUUUGAUAUCAAUGCUGAUUAUGUUGACAACUUAAAAAAAAAUAUUAUUCCAGUGUUUGUUUUCUUACCUGGUCCUGUAGAAUAUAAGGAAUAUAUUUGUUUGUCUGGAUUAUCAUGUAACGCCACAACAAAAAUAAAAAGCUCAUUGAACAUGAUACAAAGUAAUAAUAAUAAUAAUAACAAAAAUAACAAAUAUAAUGGUAUUAAUGGCAAUAAUGCUAAUGCUAAUCCUAAUAAUAUAAACGAUCCCAAUGCGAACAGCAAUAAAAAUGGAUUAUAUAAAAAUAUAAAUUCAGUUUAUUAUAUAUUAAGUGAUAGUAAGAAUUGUGAAAAUAACUAUGGUAAAAUAUAUCAAAGUGAAAUAGGAAGUAUUUAUAUUACUCAAGAAAUAGAAUAUUUAGAGUUUCAAUUUAUAGAUGGAGUUUAUAACUUAAAAAUAGAUAUUGUACCUAAAGAUAUUACUAAAAUUUAUGAAGUGUGUGCAUCAUUUCACCCUAACGACAAAUAUUAUUAUAAUGUUGGUAAUGUUGUGUUUUAUGGAAUAUUUAAUGAAAAUGAUCACUAUGAAGCAAUUUCCGGUUUCCCUUUUAACUUAGAAAUAAAACAAUUUUAUUCCAAAUUUAAUUUAUACAUUCGAUUUAUUUAUAAAAAGUAUGGAGACUCAAAAACAUGCAACCAAAAAAAUGGUUACUUUGAAAAAAUCUUCACUAGUGACUCAAUAGAGAAAUCAGUAAAAUAUCAUGAACAAGAAAAAAUAGAUAAUUCCGUUACAAGUUAUAAGUGGAAUAAUAUAACAUUGAUUUUAGAUAUAGAUAAUAAUAAUUACAUGACUACUUCUCAAAACAAAGAUGGUUCUCAUAAUUUAUUUGUAUGUGCCUGUUAUGAAUUAACAGACGGCCUUUGUGACUCUGAAGAUUUUUUUACAACUGAAGUUAUGGAAUUGCAUAUGCACACAGCAAUAUUAAAAGAACCACAAAUUAAUUCUACGGUAAGCUUUCUAAAGCCUUUUGAACUUAAAUUAGAAACUUCUAAAACAUUAGAUGGAUCAAUCAAGGUUUUUCCAAUUGAUAUAAUGGAAGAUUUAAAUAAAUUAUGUUUAGAAUUAAACCAGAGAAAGCUCUUUUCAAUAUUUAAAGCAGACAUAGAUGAACAUGAGCAAAAAUAUAACAUACUUAUUAAUUUUCUUGCUCAAGGAAUUGUUAUAUGUUGGUGCCCUAAAGAUAAAUGUAAUGAUGAUGAUUAUUUAACUAAAGUUGCUUUUUUUAAAAUGAAUGGCCCUCACUUUUUAGAAGUUGAUACUGAUUUAAAUGGCUACUUUUCCUUCUAUUUAUUAAAUGAGUACAUAAAUAUAAAUGAUAGAGUUAUGUUUGUGGAUAGCAAGUCAAUGUGCACAGAUAACAAUAAGGUAAACUUAUUUGGUGAUAAUAUUCAAUUAGACAAUGAUAAUUAUGUUAUAAAUUUGGAGCAAAGUGUAGAAAUAUAUGGAAAACCAGAGAAAAUAGUGAGAGAAAUAAAUCAAAAACUCAUGUGGGUUUCUAAAACUUACAAAAUAACUAAUAUGGAAGAAAAAUAUAUAAAAAUAUGUUAUUGCUUUUAUUUUUAUGAUAAAAAUUGCAAAAAUACAAAAAAUUAUGUAUACUUAGGGUUAGUAUAUAACAACACUUUAAAAAAAAAAAGUAAUAAAAAUAUUGUAAGCAAGGAUCUCAUUGAUGAAAUAAGUAAUUUGCAUUAUUUUAGUAAAGAUGCUAUAAAAUUUGUUGCAUUGAGUUCUUUUAAUGAUUAUAAUAAAAAUAUAUGUAACAUUAACAAUAAUCAAUAUAACAUUAUGCCUUUUUUCAAAAAAAAUACUUUUAAUUACUCUACUCCUACAUCGAGAAUAUUAAAGAUUUUUAACAAAAGUCAUAAAAAUGAAUUAAAUUUUGCUGUAUGUUAUAAUAGCUUUCUUUUUAGAAAUAAAAUAAGGUUUUUAUUAAAAGAAAAAGAUAUUAGUGAUAUUAUUCCCAUCAAAAAAUCAGUAAAAUACAAUUAUGAAUUCAGCAAAUUAGGGUUAAUAUAUGAUUUAGAAGAAGAAGAUGUAAUUGUAAAUAAUCCAAAUAUAAUAAAAAAAAAAAAUUUAGAAUUAUUGUUAGAAAAAUUUAAAUCAGAAAAGAAUAUUUUUAAUAUCUAUUUUUUUAUAGAAACACCAUUUUCUCGUAGUAUUUCUAAUAUUUAUAGAAAUGAAUAUAUAGGAGACACUAAUAAUGAUACUUUAAAAGAAAAAUUAAAAGCUUUAUUAGUUAAAAUUAAGGAAAAUUCAAUUUUUAAUCUAAAUGAAAUAAUACAUUAUAAAAGCAAAGGGGAAUUAUUAACUAACUUCUAUUUAGAGAAAAUAAUAAUUAUAAACGAAAAAACGCUUAUUUUAUGUUGCAAUAAUGGAGAUUAUGUUGAGGUCGAACUUAAUAAUAAUAAAAAGUAUCAAUAUAAAAAUUCUCCUAAAAUUAACAUACUAUUAAAUUCCUUUAAAAAUUAUCAUCCUGAUUUUGAAAAUGACCAAAAGAAACAAAAUGAAAUAUUAGAGCAAUUUAAUGAUUUAAAUAACAUAUCUAAGAAAUAUGAUUAUUUAAAGAUAAAAAAUCCUAAUGAUGUGGGUUUUUAUAAAAAUCAUAUAUUAAUACAAGUAAAGGAUAUUAUUUUUGAAGUAAAUAUUUAUGGAAACAAUAUACCAGAUCAUAUAUAUAUAUUGUAUAUAAUUGAAUUUAAUAAUAGUUGUUAUAAUUUAGAUAAAAAUUUAUUUUUUAUUGAAAAAAAACUUUUCACCAGAAAAAGUAACUAUUUAAUUUUUAGAGAAAUUCUUGUAAAUAAAAUAAAUAAUUAUACAAUGUGUAUAUUAGAUAAUACAUAUAAUGUUUAUUAUAAUGUAGGAAUUUUAAAUGUAACUAAUUAUUAUGUAACAGAUGAUUCUUUCUUUGAAGUUGAUAAUUUUCCUUCUAAUAUGGAAAAAAAAAAUAUUAUAUUAAGUGUCUGUAUGAAUAUAAGAUUACACGAUGUAUUUAUCAUAAAGAGAAGAGAAAGUUUCAGUUUUACACUUGACACGAUCAGGGUUGUAUUUUUAAAAAGGAAAGAAAAAUUAACAAACAGAUUUCCUGAAAUAAAAGAUGAUGAAAUGAUAUCAUGUAAAAGUAAGGAAGAUAAAACUAUUAUUUUAACAAAAAGUCAUAUUUUUUUUUACACAAAAUAUAAAGAAUUUUCUUUUUCAACUAAACACAAUUUACUUUUUCCAGUUGAUAUUGACUUCGAUAAUAGCUAUAUAUAUGUCACUGAUUUGCACUUAAAAAAAAUAGCACGUUUAAAAAUUUUAAAUAAUGGGAAUCAAAAUAAAAAGAGAAUAAGAAGAGAUAUUUACAAUAAUGAAUCAAGAUUGAAUCAUUCUGGUAUGAACAUAUCUAAUGAGAAAAAAUUCAAUGAAAAUAUCUUGCAUGCUAAUACAAAUAAAAAGUAUAAUUUCCAACAUAAAAACCCAGAACAUUAUAGAGAAUAUCCAAACAAUUAUAUUAGAAAGUAUGAAUUAUUUAAAAAAAAAUUGCUAAUAGAUAAGCAAUCAUCAAAAGGAAAACAUAUCUUACUAAAUAAAAAUAAACAAAGUGAUAAUAAUAAUUCAAGUUUAUACUAUCCAGGAAAUUAUAAUUUAAAUAUAUUAAGAAAUGAUACUAAGAAUCAAAAUAAUCCAAUUAUUUUUUUAGAACAAAAUGAAAAAAAAAAUUCUACAAAUAAUAUAAAAGAAAAUGAACAAAAAAAAUUUGAAAAUCGUAUUUUAAAUAAUUACUUCGACAAUAUAAAAAAAAAAAACAAAAAAACAUACUUAAUUAAUACAAAUUUAAAAAAAUUAUAUAAUUAUCUUCAAGAAAGGAAAAAUAAUAGCAUUGUAAGCUACUAUUUGCAUAAAAUAUUAAGUGAUGAAAAAAUAUCAAAAAGAAAAGGUUUUCUAUAUAACUUUAUCAAAUAUUUCAAAAAAGAAAAAGAAUCUAAUGAAGAAAAUGGGACGGUUAAAAAUGUGGAACCUUUAAAUAACACAGAAAAUGAUAUUAAACAUAAAAAACAACAAAAUGAAGGUAUUUCAAAAUUCAUAGGAAGUGCUAAUUUCAUGAGAAAAAAAAGAAAUGCCACAUAUUAUAUAGAUCAGUCAAUAUAUGAUAACAUAAUUAAGAGUAAUAUUAAAAAAUUCAUAAAUGCUGUGGAAACUCCAAAAUAUUUACCUAAUAAUCUAGAUUAUCUUGAUAUAAAAAAUUUAAAAAAUCCAUUAUAUAUUAGUGUACAUAAUAAUCUAUUGUAUGUUUUAGAUUCUGGAAAAAAUAACUUUUUCAGCUACAAUUUAACAAAUAAUAAAAUUAUAGAGUUAGAAGAAUAUAAUUUUUCAUCAAAUAAUUUAACAUUAAAGAACCCUCGAAAUUUUUCAAUAUAUCAAGGAGAAAUGACUGAGCAUACUACUCACAGAACUAAUUUAGCAUUUGUAACACAAAUAAAUAGUAAUGAGAUCAAAAUUAUUGAUUUAAAUAAGGAAAAAUAUAAAAUUAUAAAAGCAUUAAAAUUAAAAAAAGGUUAUAAACAUGAUAAUAUAAAUAAAGUAAUAGGAAUUGAUCAAAAAUUAUUAAUAAUUACAACACAGACACAUGAUGAAAAUUUAAUUUAUCAUUAUCACUUUAAUUCAUUUGAUGAAUAUUUCAGUAUAUCUUUUCAUUAUACAUUUGCAGAAAAUUAUAAUUCGAAUGAUAACUUAAAUGUUAAACCUGAAAUAGGCAAAUAUAGUGAUUCUAUAAUAUUUUUUUGUUUUUUAAAGUCGGAUAAUAAGUGUACAAAUGUAGAUGAACUAACUAAUUUAAACAUUUCAUAUGAAACUGGUAUAAUAACCGGAAAAUUGAAUUAUUUUGGAAGCUUUCAGUUGCGAAUAUUUGCAAAAACUCAUUUCCAGUAUAAAAUUAAUACAUAUAAGGAUUUAUACUCUUACUGUGAUAUAGCCAAAGGAUUUAAUAAAGAAAAAUCUAUCUGCGAAAGUUGUCCAAUAGGGACAUUUUGGAACAGCGACAAAUUAAAAUGUGAGAAAUGUGAUGAAUACUUCAAAAAUACUUCUACAUUAAAAAUAGGAUCUAAAUUAAUAACCGAUUGCUUAUGUUCAUCUGGAUAUGAAUAUUCAGAAAAAUCCUUAAGUUGUGAACAAUGUAAACCAGGAUAUUAUAAAAAAUCUGUUGGUAACUUUAUUUGCAUUAAGGGAUGCUCAAUCAAUGAAAAAAGUGUUAUUUAUGGAGCUAAAAGUUAUGAGGAAUUGUCUUGCAAAUGUUUUGAAGGAUAUUACAGAAAAAAUGAUAAAUGUGUCUUAUGUUUAGAAAAUCAUUAUUGCCCAGGAAAUGACAUAUUAACCCUAUGUGAUAGAAAUAAAAUAUCCAAAAAAGGAGCUAAGUCAGCUGUUGAUUGCAAAUGUGAAGAAAAUUUUAUAUUAAAUAAUAAAAAUGGAUCAUGUUCUUAUUGCGCAUCUAUUGCUAAGGUUAUUGGUGAUGUUAUUUAUUGUUCUCUAUGUGACCCAAGAUAUUUGGAUACGAAUAUUUUUCAAAUACCUCAUAAACAUAAUUAUGGUUUAGUGAAUUCUACAUACAACUAUGAUGAGGAUUUUGCCUUGCAAAGUAAAAUAAUGAAAUACGCUUAUUUUGACAAAAAUAAUUCUGAAAGAAAUCAUACUAAUUUUAUAAUUCAUAAUCUCUACUUGGUUGCAUUAAAAAAUGAUCAGAAUAUGCAGAAAUUCUCUAUUGAAGUUGAUAUGGCGGAUGUCAAAAAAUGUUUAUUUUGUGACAGUGGAUAUUCUAUUAACCAGGAAAAAAACAAAUGUAUACCAUGCAAUGGUAAGUACUGUGAAGGUUUUUCAUCCAUUCCAAAAGAUUGUCCUAAAAAUUCUGUUGUAAAGAGAAAAAAUGCUUCCUCUAUUUUUGAUUGUUUAUGUAAACCUGGAUAUGGAUCUUUAAAUGAAAGGAGAAAUGGAUUUCAUAAAAAAUUGAGCUGCGAAAUAUGUCCAAAAAAUUUUUUUAAGAAUACUAUAUCAGAUGAUUUUUGUUUGCCAUGCCCUCAUUUUACCAAUACAUUGUCAGAAGGAGCAACAUCAAUAAGCGACUGUUUACCAAAAAAAGGAUAUUUUCUUUAUAUGUUUAGAAAUAUAGAUAUAGACUAUUUAAGAUAUAAAUUUGAUAUAAAUUCUGAAAAUAGAAUUUAUAAUUUUUUUGAGAAUAAUGAUAAGAAAUUUGAUAAAGAUGUUUACAAUUUAUUUUUGGAGCAAAAUUUCGAGGAAUUGUUUGAUGAUAUAGAUAAUAAACCGAAUAAAAAUAUUCAGGGAAAAAAUUUCAUUAAUCAAUCAAAUAAAUAUGUAAACAACCAGCAAAAUGCCCCCAAUGAUAAUUACAAUUUAAAAAAACUAGAGAAUCUAGGUUUUCUAAAAAGAACAUCCAUAUUUCAUAUUUAUACUACCCUUUUAAAGAAUAUAGAACAAACCUAUCAAUGGACGAAUGAUACUGUAUUAAGAGUUACCUGCCAUGUAAAUCUAGAUUUUAAAAAAAACCCUAAUUUUACUGUUACAUAUAAAUCCAAUUUAAAAUCUUGUAUAAAUGAUUGCAAAAUGAAUAUAUACUGCACUGGGGUGGAAUUUUCAAGGAGAAAUCUAGAAUACACACAAGUUUUUUUAAAAAAUAACCAGAAAGUUAUUGUUGGUUAUUUUAAGUGCAAACAAUUUUAUUUUGAGAAUAUAUAUGAAUAUACCUCAUCGAAUUUAGAUAGUUAUUUAAAUGAAAAUGUUGAAAAUAAAAUAUCUAUAAAAAGUACUUUGGAAUAUACAAACUUUAUAUUAAGAAAUAAAAAGGAUAUUAUUUUUACAUGCUCAGUAGAUAGACACAAAAAAUACCUAUUGUAUAAACACUAUCAAGUCGUAGGAUGCCUCAUAGGUAAAUUUUGUCCAGGAAACAGAACUCCGUAUUUAAUAUCGUGCCCAAAUAAUUCCACAACAGUGGUAAAUUUAGCUACAAAUAUAGAUAAAUGUGUAUGCUUAAAAGGUUAUGCAUACGUAGGAGUUCUAUCGCAUAAAUGUUCAGUUUGCGACAGGGGAACAUAUAAAGGAACAAUUGGAAAUUUUAAGUGUGAAGCUUGCCCUUUAAGUUUUUCAACUGUCAACAGAGGUUCAACAAGCAUCAACGAUUGUUCUUGCACUCCAGGAAAUUAUUUUACCUUUGAUACUUUAGAAAACUUCAUUAAUUCAGAGAAAAUAAAUUACAAAAAUAUUCAUGAUAAGUACUUUAUUGUUCCAAAGAAAAAACAAAAAGAAUAUUAUAUAACAGAAAUAAUAAAAAUAAGUUUAAAUAACUUUAAUAAAAAAGAUGAUAAUGAAAUUAAAAAAAUAUUAAAACUUCAUAUAGGAAUAUGUAAAGCUUGUUCCCUUGACAAUCAUUAUUGUGAAGGAGGACUAGAAUCAAACAUCGUCUUUAACAAUGCAAUUAUAGAAGGAUUAUUUCAUACAUUACCAAAAAAAUGUCCUAAAGAAUUAGUGAUUCCUCAAAGAAUAAAACAAAGAACCUCUUUAAAUAAUUGUUUAUGUAUUCAUGGAAAAGUUUUAAGAACUUCAAAAGACAAAACAGUAGAAUGUUUUCCUUGUCCCCCAAAUACCUUUAAAGAAAGCGAAUAUGAUAAUAGUUGUUCAGGAGCUUGUCCACACUAUUCUACAACAUUUGUAGGUUCAUCAUAUGAAAAUCAAUGUUUUUGUAAGAAUAAUUAUUAUUUAGUUACUUCAGAAGAUGGAAAUGGCAAAAAUACCAUGUCUAAAAAAAGUUGCAGCAUUUGCCCUAAAGGAGCUGUAUGUAAUAGAGGAUUUAAUAUAUAUGUAUUUUUAAAACUAUUAAAUGACAGAGCUUAUAAUGAUAUAAAUGUCUUAGAUCAUGAAAAUCCUUAUCCAAUUUAUGGAUAUUACGCGGUAUAUAAAGAAAAAAAUCCAUAUAAACCUUGGAAUCCUUUAGAUGAUAAUAAUGAUUUAAAAUAUACUUAUCCAUAUUAUAAUUUACUAUUAUUUAUUCAAAAAAGUAUUGAAAGCAAAAAUUAUUUCUUCUUUGAGAAAAAUCAAAAAUAUUAUUUUAAUAAGGAAUUUCUUGAAAAUAUUAAUAAAAGAGAUAAAAUUAAGAAGAAAUCGGAUAAAAGUGAUAAAAAAAGAAAAUCUUAUAAUUCUUCGUUUAAACUAUCUAAUACCAUAUCUUUUUUUCAAGGUGAAGAACAAUAUCAUAAAUUAAAUAGAAAAAUUAAAGAAAGUUCCAAUUAUUUCAGAGAGAUUCAUAUUUCGGAUAUUCAAAAUUUGGAUUCUUCUACUUUGUUAACUAAUCAAGAUGCAAAUUUGUCUUUUUUAGAAUCCAGUGGAAAUUUAAGUGAUAAUCCCAAUAAUAGCGAGGAGUACUUUUUAGAAAUAUUUAAUAAAUACGUAAGAGAGGCAAAUGAACUAAAAAAAAUAAAUAGCAAAUUUGAAAGAUUGCCUGAUAUACAUCCGUGUACUUUACCAGAUAGAUGUUUAGGAACAAUAGCAAAUUUAUGCUCUGAAGGAUCCACUGGAUAUCAGUGCAAUAAUUGCAAAAAAAAUUAUGAUAUGAUAUAUUUUAAAUCAAAAUGUUAUAAAUGUAAAAAUUUGUUUUAUGAAUUAUUGCAUACUAUAUUGUUCAAGCUCUUGUACUAUUUUGUUGUUAUUCUUAUUGUGUCACUAAAUUAUGAUAGUUGUAUAAAUAAAUUUUACACUAGUGGAAUUUUAAUAAAAAUUUGGUAUAAUUGCUCCUUUAGUUUUAUUGCUUAUGGAUUUUUCUCUCCUAAUAUACAAUCAUUUAUUGCAAAAUAUCUUUACUUUUAUAAGAUGGUAUUUCUUUUUCAUUUAAAAUUUUUUGCUUAUUACCUAAGGGUUGGAUGUUUUUUUAAUUAUUAUAAUAUUGAUGUAUCAUAUAAUAGUAUAUGGUACAUACAAAAAUAUAUGAAAAUAUUUUCACCGCUUAUAGAUGGUAUUUUUAUAACUUUAAUUUUAUUUGUCAUUGUUCAAUUUCCUAAAUUUUACUACAGAAAAAAAAUACAGAGUUUUGAGUAUUUAUUAUCUCAAAUUCCAGAUUUAAGGGAUGAAUACAACACAGAUAUAAGACAAGAAUAUAUUCAAAAACAAGAAAGAAAAAAAAACAAAAAAAAAGUUCAUAUAACUAAUGAACUAGAGGAAGAGGAAAUAAGAAAAUCUGAUAAAAGCACGUUAAUGCAUGAUUUAGAAAAAAAUAGUAACAAAGAAAAUUAUGUAGAACAUAAUAGCAAACCAAUUUUAAAUAAUAUCAAUGAUAAAGGCAAUAUAUUAAAAAAGUUUAAAACUAAAAGCAAAGACGAAAACGUAAAAUAUAACGAAGAAGUAAAUGAAAGUUUAAAUGGAAAUAAGAGAAAUGAAGAAGAUAUAAAAUAUGAAUUAAAGUAUAUAAAAAAUAAUGAAAUAUACAAAAUAUUCUUAAAAGAAACUAUUGAAAAUAUUUAUAAUAAAAGAAUAUUUGGUCCAUGGAGACUUAUGAACAAAAAAAAUGAAAUUUUAAGAAAAAAAAUAUCAAUGUUUUUAAGGGAUACUUUACCUUGUUACGUUUUAAUGAUUAUUUUAUCUAUGCCAUACGUACUUUUAGAGUUGAUUCAACUUAUAUAUUGCAAACCUGUAAGCUAUAAAUCACAAAACAAAGAAUUUUAUUUAACCUAUUUGCCUACUCAGAAAUGUUCCUUUUCUUAUAAUUCUUUUUUAUUAAGUUUGAUUGUCAUAUUACUGGCAGCGUUUUUUUAUUUUGGUAUCUUCUUUAUUUUAAUUUCUUUAUAUGUUAAAAGAAAAAAUUUUCUAUUAUUCGAUUCAUUAUUAAAAAAUUUAUUAGCAGGAUAUAGACAAGGUAAAGCAAUAUUUGAAUUAUUAUUUGUGUUGAAGAACAUUAUUUUAGUUCUUAUUAUAGCUCUUAAUGCUCACUACCAAAUGUAUUAUAUUGUUUCAGUUACAUUAACAUUAACGGUAUUUGCAAUUUUUGAGAUACUUUCUAGUCCAUUUGAUAAGAGAUCCUUCAAUAUUCUUAAUAAAUCUUUAUACGUUGGUAAUGUUUUAAACAUUUUUUUUUCAUUGCUUAUGUGGGGAAGCUUUUAUUGGAAUUAUGAAAAGUUCUCUCUUUUUCCUAUCUCUUUUAUCCUCGCAUAUCAUCUGUUUAUGCUUCAUAAUGUAGUAAAAGAAAUAGUACUGUCUAGACAUUUUAUGCAUAUGGAAACCCAUAUUAAUAUAGAAACAAAUGGCUAUGAAGAAGACAAUAUAAAAAGUAAAAAUUAUAAAAUAUAUUAUAAAGUUAUGAAUAAAAUUAAAUUUUUUUUAAAUAAAAGUCAUAGGAAAAAAUUAUCAAAACUAGUUGAAAGUAAUGUAUUUUCAAAUAAUACAGAUAAUGCAUCAAAAUAUGAUAUAAAAUUUGAGCCUGUAGAAAAUAUUAUCAAAAGAUAUAAUCUUAAAUUGAAUCCAUGUUUGGUCAAUGAUAAAAAUGAAAACGUCCAAAUAGAAGAAAAUAAAAACCAAAAAGAAUUAUUUAAUAUUAAAAAAAAUGUAUUACCCGUUAAUAUACAUAACGUAGCAUUCAUAUGGUAUGAUGACCAAAAUGAGGAUUUGUUAUUUCAAAUGCCUUAUGAAAAUAAAUUUUGCUAUAAUCUUAAUGAAGAGAAGAGAAAAAAGAAAAAAAAAAAAAUUUUAUAUAUGUUUCCAGAUUAUAUUAGAGAUGAAAGAAAAAAAAAAAAUUUUAAAUAUUUUGUCUCAGCACUAAUCAAAAUAAUUGAAAAAUUCAUAGAUGUAUCAAGUUCCUGUUCUAUAUACGAAAAUUGGUUUGAUUUUUCCAUCAGGUUCGCUUUUGUUUAUAUAUCUUGGAUUAAAAAACUCAAUAAAACAAAAACAAUUUUACCUAGUAACAUGGAUCAAUUGCAUUCUGAUAUGGAUCAAUUUAUUUUUAAGCCUAUAUUUUACAGUAGCGAUAUGGAUAUUAAAAAAAAAAAAAAUUGCGAAUCUCCUUCAAACACGAAUAAUGAAGACUUAGAAAAUGAAAAAAACAUAGAAACACUUGAAAAAAAAAAUAGCUUUGAAAAUACGGAAAUAAAAAUUAGUCGUAGUUAUGGAUCUUAUAAUAAAUUAGGAAGCUUAAAAAAUAGGAAAAAAAAUGAUGAAGUAGUUAAGAAUGAAGAACCCAAAGAAAAUUCUUUUUUCGGAAAUGAUUAUAAUAACUCAUUGCGUUUUCAUAAUAAUGAAGGAGAAACUCAAAAUAAAAAUAGUAGUGAAUAUAUAGAAACAGAUAAUUUAAAUAAUUUAACAAAUAAAGACAAUAAAGAAAAAUCUGAAAAACUUUUAAAUGAUGAGGUAGAAAAUUUUCACUUUUUUGAGAAAGAAGAAAAUUCUUUACAAAAUAUUAUUGAGUAUUCUAUUGAUGUUUUCUCUUCAGAAAUGUUUAAUGAUGAUACUUUUAAAAUUCUAAUUUCUUUGUUUGAAUUAUAUAUAUCUAUGGAAACAUUAAAAGCAUUGGAUUCGGAUGCUUUUAAUAAACUGUAUAAAUGCUAUAAUGAAAAAUGCAUAAAUUUUGAAAAAAGUGUAAUAUUUAAUAUAAAUAAAUUAAAAGAACAAUUAAAAUUAGAAAUAGAAGAAAUAAAUAAUGAAAUAGAUAAUGGAAACAGUGAUGAAAAGUUAAAAAUGAAAACAUAUUAUUUUUAUAAAGAAGAAUUAAAUAAAAGGAAAAUGCUAGAAGAAGAAUUAAUGAAUAAAAUUAAAAGUUUGGAAGAGUGUAUUGAAGCAAAAAAUAGCUCACAUGCUUUAAGAAAUAAAUUAAAGGAUUCAAAAAAAAACAAAAUAAAUAAUGAGAACUUAGACGAAGAUAUAAAUCGAAUAUUUUCUCUUUUACAUAAUGAAGGUACUUAUAAAUUAAAUCAUCCAGAAAAUACAGAACAAGAACAAUAA